CCAACAUAGUACUUACUAAAGUGGGGAUCAUCUUCGGUAUCUCUCGAAGAAGAUGUAGAUAAAACACUGAUUUCUAAAAGAAACCGAUUAUUUUUUGAAAUGCUUUUAGAAAUUACUGUUCGUCGAUGGAAGUUGUGGUGUUUUUCGUGAAAUUUUAGUGUACUGUAACUUUUAUCACUGCAUUGUGUCUUCGUGCGUGUGUGUGUGCUAUUUUAUUAUCGAAGGACAACAUGAUAAGACAGGUGGUGCACGUACUGUUUCUUGCGACAGUUUUACAAUGCGCCAUCGCAGUUAUCAAUAGCAGCACAUCAAAAGCGACUGACGAUGCUACGGACAAUACAAAGACCGCGGCUAUAAAUAAAAUUGCGGACUCUGUAUCAGCAAGUACGGAACAAAAUGGCAAUAGAAGAGAAGCUGCCGACCAUUCCGGCCCUCAACUGAUUGAGGAGACUUAUCUUGUACUUCCUAAUAACAAGCCAAAUCUACCAGUACCCGUUUAUGGAGUACCAUCUGCUGUUAAAUAUCCAGGACCUCCUCCAGACAUACCUCCGUCUCCAUCCAUCGUUCCGACUUCGUAUAGAGCUCCACCAUCUGGUAGUUAUGGUCCUCCAAUUCCAAAUUUUAAUAAACUUCCACCACCAAUAUAUCAACAUUAUGGGCCUCCAGUUCGUCAAGUUUUUCUUUCCUUACCCCAGAAAAAUUACGGACCACCGCCAUCGAAGCCCGUUAACGUGUUCCUGAAGGCUCCGACGCCAUUGUAUGGCGCCCCAUUUCCGGCACGCCCAUUUCCCCAGAAGCCGUUAAUAAGUACUUAUAAAGUUCCUAAACCAGUUUAUGGGGUGCCUCCAAAAUAUUCUAAAAUCCCUAAGCCGUUAUACGGACCUCCAACCGGACCCUUAAACACUUAUGGUCCUCCGGCUACCUAUAUCGGUGUACCGAUAGGUAUUACCCCCCCAGGAAAGGGCUCUUUCGAAUCACCUAAAGAUUCUUAUGGAGUUCCGGUAAAAAAUGUUCAUUUGCCAUUGCAUACUCCUAAGCAACUGCCUCCACAACUGCCCUUGGGACCCCCUGGAAUUCCUGCUCCACCAACACCUCCCGAUAUCAAGUAUGACGGUUGGCAGCCAAUUCCAGGUUUGGUUUCUAAGCCUCCUAGUGCUUAUGGUGCUCCGAACGUCCCUAAACAUAGUUCCCUUGAUUUGAACAUCAACAGCGAUUUCGUUCCACCUCCGUUAGAAGUAGAAGAUCAUAAACAUAACGGGCAAGGUUUCAGAGAUUCUUAUUCGGCUCCAUUAAAUUCAGUUACUGGUUCAGGAGGAGUGGUCAGCAGCUCUGGAUUAGCUCUGAAACCUGAACCAGGAGACGACAUAACACUUUCGCUUGGGUUGUCAUCAUUAGGGAUUCAAAGUGGACGAGAAUCUUUAUCGGUUAUUAAAAGUAUAGAUUAUGACCUGUCACAGUUUGGAAAUUUGCUAAAUGUUCAACUUCCACUGCCUGGCUCUUCGGGAGGUUUGAUACCUCCCAGUGGAGUUUAUGGCGCACCUCCUGCUGGUCAUUAUGGUAUACCAUUAUUAAAUUCUCAAAAAACACAAGUACCUUUGGGUCUAAUUCAAACAAUUGGGAAAAACGUUGGAUUCAACGACGGUUAUCACUCACAAGGAAAUCAACAAUACCUCUCACCUCCAGUAGCUGACCAAAAAUACCAUGGAGUACCUUCAUCCUUUUAUAAUCCGCCUUUAGAAAAUAAACCCAUCCCAUUUGAAAGUAGUGGAGCAGGAGGAGGAGGUUACCUACCACCUGCUACGAUAAGUGAUUCUUAUGGUACUCCACAAUACAGCGAAUUAACAUCUAGUUACAGCAACAUACCUGUUUCUUAUGACUUAACAUCUUCUGUACCGGGACAUAUACCAAUAUCGCAUAACAGUAAUGGCGCUCAUAUUGGUUCUGAUGAAAACUGCGACACUGAAGCACAGAUCAAUUUGGAAGUGCCCCUUUCAAGUGGAUCAGGUUACAGUGGUAACGAAGAAACUGCCGCAGACUUGGAGGUGGCUCUAUCUCAAAAAAGUAAGAGCGUUUCCGUAGAUCCAAAUAAUGAAGUGGCAGGAAAAAGUUCAUUAGGAUCAAAAGAAACAGAUGAAGAUGCCCAUGCAGUAUCUAUAGCGAAAAGUCUUCAUCCCAACUCUGAACUUAUUAAAUCAAGGGAUAUUGAUCUCAAUAAUAUCCCGUUAAAAGGGUCUCGCGGAACUUACACCCUCUCCAUACAAUCGAGUGAUGGUUCAGGAUCUUUGAAGUCACUUCCUCCUGACCAAAUUCUAAAUGAAGGCAUUUUGCAAUCAAUCUUGAAUGCUAUUGAACAACCACAGUAUAGCGGAAUCGGGGCUAUACAGCAGACUUAUCCACAGCAAACCAUCUCAUAUUUAAGGAAAAAUGAAAUAAAUAAUAAGCAUAAAUUUCUGGAAGAAGGAAAGUUAUCUCAUUUCAAGGAUUCUGACUCUCAAGGUUCUGUGAACACUCAGGUGGUGUUAGAAGCACCAGCGUCUAACAAUACGUCCGGUAGCAGUGUAAACCAACCUGUCACAACUCCUGUAGCUCCUUUACAGUUUUUAGACAAUAAUGAGAUCGCCUUUUAUUUUCGAAACAAUGCAGAAAUGCACAACGAUGUGAGUAAAGAUAAUAACAAUUCUCCCGCAAAACAAAACAAAAGUAAUGAAGCUUACUCAUUUGAAAACAAAAACCAAUAUGAAAGUUACGUCUCGUACAAAACGCGAAAUGCUGACAUUAGUUAUGGUAAUAUCGGUUCGUCAAACUCCACUAUCGGAGGUAAGAGCUUACAAUAGAAAUGAAACUUAGGUGUAGAGACUUAACUUAUACCAUUUAAUUUAUUGUGUACUGUAUUCUAGGAGCGAAUGUUUUUAUAUGUUUGUAUGCUGUAUGACUUCUAUACGUAUAAUUUUUCUGUAACUGUACGUAUUUACUGUUAUUUAUCUAAGGGCAUUUUUAUUUGUUGAA